GGGGUCUUCAACCGGGGGUCCGCGGUGGAAUCUGCACUGACUUCUUUCGCAUCCAGAGACAACCUCUACCUCCACUAGAAUAGUGCCAUUAACCAGGGUGUUCUGAUGGCAGAAUAUCAAGAGACGGCUGUUUCACACCCCAUCUGCACUAAAAACAGCUGAAGAUGAAACAUGUAAGCGCUCCUGGCCUGCAGCAUCCCACCGGUCCACCAAUCACAGGAGAGAGAGAGAGAGAGAGAGAUGUCAAACCUUGAUCUCAGCUGAAAUGCUCAUCGCACCGUCUCAUCUCAAUCUAACUUCUAUAACCAGAUCAAAAGGUUUUCAAGAUCAUUUCAACCGAGUGACCCUUAACCUUUGAACGACGAUUUACUGCACUCGUCACUGAGCUCCUCUGAGUACACAUUGAUUUCAGUAUGGCACAAGGGCAUGGAAGCAUAGCCGAGUUUUGUAAAAAAGACAAUGUCACAAUUCUUCUGCUUGGGACAGACGACAAGUGUAAGUGUUUGGUGGGAAAUAAAAUAAUUCAGUUGGACCAUUUCCGUCCAGAACGGUCCUUAUAUCAAGAAAUAUCCCUGGAGUUGCAAGACUGCGUGGUUACUGUUAUUAAUAUCCAGAAACAGCAUUUUCAGUCAUUUCAAAAGAUUGAGAAAUGUUCAAAUACAUCCUCUGAGCACCCGUGUAUAGUAUUUGUCCUGCACCCUGACUACGUUACUCGGAGGGAUUUGGAAUUAUUUACAGAUUUUCAGCAUAGGUUUGGAAAGAAAAUGUCGGAAAACAUGAUAGUACUUCUGUUCAGCGAUACAAAUAAGAGAUCAGCAAAGCCAGAUGAUGAAACAGAUCGUUACCUGCAACGCAUUGUCCAUCAAUGCCAGAGAAAAGCAUUUGAUUUUAACACAAAUAUGGAGUCAAAUGACUUCAUGAAACGACUGAUGAAAUACUGGAAAAUUGUGCCUGAGAUGCAAAUAAACAAGUACGAAAGAUCACACAGGCCCACAUAUGCACAGAAUGAGAUUUUACAACCACGGGAAGCAAUGAUACAAGAGAACGUAUCAGGGCCCGGCCAUAGGCAGGAAAGACCCAGGACAAGUGGGCAGCGGCGGAGUAGAUCAUUCAAUGUUAGACACAUUGGACCCACUCUCCAAGCCCGCUUGACCUCUGUAGGGGCUGCAGCUUAUCCCAGCAUCCCGGGCCAUAAGACAGAUGGAAGAGACCAAGCUGCUACCACUAAGACAGACACCAUGACCAUUGUGCUGCUGGGCCAGACAGGAAGUGGGAAGAGCGCUACAGGAAACACCAUCCUGAGAAAGAGACAUUUUGAAUCUCGUGCCAGUUCUGUGCCAGUAACGCAGGUGUGUCAGGUGGCAGAGGAAACCGUUUGUGGAAAAAAGAUCAGGGUCAUAGACACUCCAGAUUUUUUUUAUGAAGGCCUAAGAGACCAGCAGAAACACAUAAAAAGGUGUCUAGAGCUCUCUCAGCCUGGGCCUGAUGCAUAUGUACUGGUCAUGGAGCUCGGCCGUUUCACAGAUGGAGAGAGAAUGAUAGUUCACAAUAUACGGAAAGUGUUUGGUGAGGAUACUGUGAGAGAAAUCGUCAUUCUGUUUACUGGCAAAGAGAAACUAGGAGAAAAAAAAACGUUAUCAAACUACAUUAGAAAUACUAAUCCCCACCUGCAGGAGCUGACCCAGAUCUGUGGGUCCAGAUGUCUUGCGUUUAACAACAAUGAUCGCAAGGAUGGACAGAUUCAGACACUGCUAGAGAUGGUUUCGGAAAUGAAGAGACAAAAUGGAUGUACUGACAUUUGUGGACCUCACCCCCAAAAGGAAUCCAUGAAGAAAGAUUGCACAAUCAUGUAAACUAACUAAAUUUGAAAAACUAAAUUAUAAAUCAAAUUUAAUUUGAAAAUGAAAUCAAAUUAAAACCUUAAUAUCGUUUAUCAUGUCAAUAUUGUGAAUUUCAAUUAAAUAUUUUUAUGGGUACUAUGUGGUCAUUCAUUUAAAAGUUAAACCUUUUAAAAAAUGUCAAAAAGAAAAUGAAGGAUGA